UGCAUUGAAAUAUCUCGUAAGAUUUGCCAUUAGUCAUACCCCGCUCUACGAAGCUAUUGAGGUGUGGCCUGAAUUUGAUGAUAAACAAAAGCUGAAAAAGAAGCGUUUUAACGCUUUAGAGAGAAAUUAACUACAGAAGACAAAAAAAUGGCGGCAAUACGUAAGAAGUUGGUCAUUGUAGGAGAUGGUGCCUGUGGAAAGACUUGUCUACUCAUAGUGUUCAGUAAAGAUCAAUUCCCUGAAGUAUAUGUACCAACUGUGUUCGAAAACUAUGUAGCAGAUAUUGAAGUAGAUGGCAAACAGGUUGAGUUGGCACUGUGGGAUACUGCUGGUCAGGAAGAUUAUGACAGGCUGCGUCCCUUGUCAUACCCUGACACCGACGUCAUUCUAAUGUGCUUCUCCAUCGACAGUCCAGACAGCUUGGAAAACAUCCCAGAGAAGUGGACACCGGAGGUGAAACACUUCUGCCCGAAUGUUCCCAUCAUUCUUGUAGGAAACAAGAAAGAUCUAAGAAAUGAUGAAGCCACCCGGCGUGAACUGUCUAAAAUGAAACAGGAGCCAGUGCGUUUGGAAGAUGGGCGCUCCAUGUCGGAGCGUAUUUCUGCUUUCUGCUACCUGGAGUGCUCAGCGAAAACAAAGGAGGGUGUACGGGAAGUCUUUGAGCAAGCAACUAGAGCAGCUUUACAAGUUGAAUUGGCACUGUGGGAUACUGCUGGUCAAGAAGAUUACGACAGGCUGCGUCCCUUGUCAUACCCUGACACUGACGUCAUUCUUAUGUGCUUCUCCAUCGACAGUCCAGACAGCUUGGAAAACAUCCCAGAGAAGUGGACACCGGAGGUGAAACACUUCUGCCCGAAUGUUCCCAUCAUUCUUGUAGGAAACAAGAAAGAUACUCGCAAUGAUGAGAACACAAAACGCGAGCUGAUGAAGAUGAAACAAGAGCCAGUGCGUCCUGACGAGGGGCGGGCUAUGUCGGAGAAAAUCAAUGCUUUCAGCUACCUGGAGUGCUCCGCCAAAACAAAGGAGGGUGUACGGGAAGUCUUUGAGACUGCCACUCGUGCCGCACUCCAGGUGAAAAAAAAGAAAGGCAGAGGCUGUCAGCUUUUAUAAUGCUAGAAACACCAUUCUUGAACUGUUUGAGUGGCUGAGCGUCGUGAAUCGGAAGAUUAUUGUAGGAAGUAUGUAAUGUGUCACAAUUUGUUGUCAGGCAUCUGCAUUCUGAACUUUCUUAGUAAAAAGAACACUUUAUAACUAGAAUAACUGAAGCUGUGAACUCAUUUCUGUGGGCCUAGAAACAGUUUGAGAAUAAUUAAUUUUAAACAAAAAUGAUUUGUUACAACUCUAUGAAAAUUUAUGAAAAUAUUUUCAUUAUGCUGUGUAGCUUCAAUGGCUUUAUUUACAUACGUAAGGUAGUUGUACAUAGCUGUCUCUCCAUCAACUAGCUGUUCAUUCCUACUAAUUUAGACUGUUUAUUCACAUUGUAAUUUAAGAUUUCUGUUUCUGCCAUCGACACAACAGGAAAAAUAGUAAAGUCAAAUUUGUCAACCCAUUAUUUAGUAUGUAAAGUGGAAAAUUAAACAAUUCCAUUAAUUCUUCUCGUGCAAGAUCAUAGGUCAAUUAUGCUGAAUUUAAAUUUGUUACAUAUUUUGUAAGGUGAACAAGGAUUCCGUUAUGUGUUCAGUUAAUUGAGAAAUAAGAGGUUUAACAUGAUGUUGAAUUUCCGUUGGUUUUACUCUUAGUUUAACACCAUCCAAACAAAUACAUACCAUGUAUUGAAGGUGUUAUUUGUGAAACUGAAUCAUUUCAAAACAGAAAGUUAAAGGCACUUGGCUUCACGAUCCAUUCUAUUAUGCCGUAUCAUUAUGAUAACUAGCAUAUUUUCUGGCCCUUUCACUUGCACAAUAUAAUGGGAGUAUUUCGUAGUGAAAGGGGCUACAAUUUUGUACUUGUUUUUAGCUUUGUACAUGUAUUUGUUGUAACUUCAUUCUGUUAUUUUUGUGCAAGUCUUAUACAUCAAGUAUCUUAUCCAAGACUAUUUAUUUUGUUUGUGUGGUAGAGUGAAAGAUUUAUUAUUCAGAUAUUUUUGUAUAUCAGUAUUUACCAUUGAAAAGAAGUAGUUCAUCAAUACAAAAAAGUUUUACAAUAUUUUGAUUUCAAAUGCAGAAACAUCAAACACGCUUAUAGAUCCGCGGCUGUCAAGAUUUAUGUUGAAAUGUUCUGUUUAUAUUAGGGUUAUACAAAACAUGAUUGAAUGAGUGUGACAUUUAUAAAAAAGUGAGAUAACAGUUAGUAUUUCAAGUUCAUUUGUUCAUUCAUUUAAAUAAAUGAUUGCAGAUUGAAAAGUACAUCAUAAAAUAUGAUUUAAGCAUGUAGAUUUGUUAAGGGAACAAUAGGACUCGUUGAAUGCCAGAUAUGCAUAAGGUUGUGCUCAUGGACGAUAUUCAUGUAUAAUUGAAUAUAUUCUCUGUUUUCUCUUGUAUUGAUUUACUGUACUUAAAUUGAUAAUUUAAAAAAAAAACUACACCAUUCAAAUAUCAAUUGUUGAUAAUAAAAAGUGUACAAAGUAGAGAUUGUAAAUAAUUUUAAAACUUUUAAUUUUUUUCUCUCUGCCCUUCAGUGCUAUGAUGCAAAUCUUUUGCUAGGAAGUAACAUAUUUUGUUAACAAAAUGUUGUCGUCUCUUGUUGGCAUGUUUUGAAGUGCCUUCUUUUUCCGACUCUACUUAGCAAUGUUAUAAUGCCAGAUAAUAAAGGAAGCCUGUAAAGAUUUUGUUUUGAAUAUUCUCAAUUGCAUGCACAAUACACACGUGCCAAUUAUACUCAGUUUCCAUCUUGUGUUUACUAUAGAUGUUGUAAUUUGUGAUGAAUCAAGAAGCGUAUGAACGGUUUCUUUUGUACUUUUCAAGUUUUUAUGCAAGAGUAGCUCAUUUAUUAAAUAUCCUAUCAUC